AUGCUUGCGGUCUUAAGCCUCUUGCUCUGCCUGGGCGACACGUACUCCGGCAGCUCUGUGCCGUGCGGCAACUGCACUGAUUUAGAUUCAGCGGCGCUCUUGCAAAGUCAUCGAGCAGCCCUGAGGAAAGAGAAUGCUUUGCUGCAGACAGAUGGGCAAGAGGUCCACGAGGACAUUACGAAUGAGCAAGAUGGCGCCAAGGAAAGCUGCAAGUCCUGUCAGGGUGGAUAUGUUCUGGAAGGUGGUCAUUGCAUCAGGCACGGCCAAGGACAGCUGCAGAUUCAUGACGUUUGGUGCCAGGAUGGCCCGGAGGUUGAGAACUGCUUCAAAGCAAACUGUUCACAGGACGGCGGGGAACGCAAAGCCACGGAGUUCAAGUAUGUGGUGGAAUCUUUGGUCCGCGGCGCGACCAAAGUAAAAGGAUAUCCAUCGCCGCGAACAAAAGGAACUUACACAGUGAGUGAGGCGUGCCAACACAAGUUGGACGAAGUGGGCCUUGCCAUUCGAAGCAACGGUGACCUGUACCUGACAGCGGACUAUCUGGGGGAAAGGUACACUGAGUCCCAUUUUGAAUUUCAAUGCACAAUCACCUCAGAGCAGCCUGGUGGUCUCACUACUACGGCAGUGGCCUCUUUUGUGAGCAACGAAAUUGCCUACAAAUACCCAGUCUUGGUUCCAAAAGAGGAUGAUCACACAUCCUAUGAGCUUGUGUCCAAUUUGCCCCAUCAUUGUGAUCUCAAGUGGGUUGCAAUCCAGUGCUCUCCACCCAAGCCAAUCUCUGACUGGAUUUCUUUGGAUAAGCACACAGGAGAUUUGGACGUGAAGACUGUUCGCCCAGAUGAUUCAACAACCACAUCCAAUCACAAGUGCUUCCUGUCAGGAAGGGCAUACCGUGAGGGACAUCCCUACUCUUCAACUUCCAAUGGCACAAAUGCAACUCUGCUGCUGCAAAGUGACAGCGAUGAAGAUGAUGGUAGACCGUUUGGCAGGAGCAGGGGCAGAUUUCGUGAUCGCAACAAACGAGAGCGAAGGGGGGAGGAGCAACCAACAACAGCUGCUCCUACAACUGCCGCCCCAACUCCUGCACCGUCUCCAUCCAAAUCUGCCCAUUCUCCGACACCUGCCCCUGCCCCCCCUUCACAUGCCCCUGCACCUUCGCAUGCCCCUGCACCUCCGCCUUCACAUGUGGAUCCUGUACCUGAACCCGAAAUGGAUCGCCGCACAGCCCGGAGGGAGCGACGCUUCGGGCGCAGAGAUGAUCGCAGAUGGUGGGGAUGCUGCGACGACCUCACUGGGGCUGUGCAAUUUUUAGCGCCAUUCCAGUGGAAGGGUAUGCAGUAUGGAUCAGCCAGUGCAACUGUGGGUCAUGUUGCGCCAGCUCUGGCACCCAAGGAAGUUCCAAUGGAGAAUCGCCUGGCGCCCUUCCGCUUUUCUAUCGCUUGUCAGCCAUCCAUUCCUGGAGGAUCCUUUGCUCCCGGAGAGGGAAACUUUGGGUUUGAUAUUUUCACAGGAGAUGGUACAAUUGACGGAAUUCAUGCCUUCAACAUGGAUAUCUCCACAGGCAUUGUGCUGCUGGACCUGUCAGAGUCAGAGGAAUUCAUCAAGACCUUGGACUUCGCUACUUCGCAUGAAGUCCGUAGGUCCAUUCAUUUGCAGUGCACGGCUUUCGGACACUACGAAUACUAUCCAUAUGCCAUUGGUCAUGAAGUGCUUGGCGAAGUGAAGCUAUCUAUUCUCGAUACGACCUGUUGGCAGAAGGAGGAUGUGGCGCUUGUGAGCAAAGACCCACAGGCUUGGCGCACAUGCAAAGCAAACUUCCGCGUGCUAAAGUGA